AUGGACUCAAACAUGAUCCCUGUGGAAGGCCAAACUUUCCUUCUGUACUCCAUUACAAACUUUUACGUCCUAUUUCAUUGUCUUAUUCUGCUAACAGUUACAGCUGGAUUGGAGGCAUCCCUCAGCCGGGGCAACACGGAGACCGGCUCCGGGUUGGUGUGCGAAUCGUACGAAUGCAAGGACGGUGAAUGCUCGGUCGGCAUCGAGGUAUGCGACGAGGGCGACUCCGACAAACCGAUGGGAUGCUUCGUCGUGUGGAGCACCAACAAUGUUACAAAUGAAGUCAAGGUAACGAUGAAGGGUUGCUUCAGCAACCCGAACGACUGCAACGGUACGGAGUGCAUCGAUACCACCAUGGGUACCAAGAACAACCUGAACUACUGCUGCUGCCGGUUGAGCAUGUGCAACAAGGAACACCGGUGGGUUCCCAAUGUGACCAAUGCUCCGGAACCGAUCACUCCGAUGCAGCAGGAAUCGGGCAGCUUUAUGAUGGUUGCUGUCGUCGUAACCGUAAUAUUGUUUGUUUUGUCGGGCUUCGUUGCGCUCGCGUGUCGACAGCGGAAGCCAUCAAUGUUCAACGAGAUACCAACGAUUGAACCGGAGAUUACCAGCUCAUCGCCGAACAUCGCGCUGCUGCCGAUCCAGCUGGUCGACCUGAAGGCCCGAGGACGGUUCGGGGUGGUAUGGAAAGCUCAGUUGAUGUCCCAGGAAGUCGCCGUUAAGAUAUUCCCCAUGCAAGAGAAGCAGUCCUGGCUGACGGAACAGGAGAUAUUCAAGCUCCCGCGGAUGAACCACCCGAAUAUCCUGCAGUUCAUCGGGUGCGAGAAGCACGUUGAGCUGAACAAUACGGACUUUUGGCUUAUCACGGCCUACUGCAGCCAUGGGUCACUGUGCGACUACCUAAAGUCCCACACUGUGACCUGGCCAGAGCUGUGCCGGAUUGCCGAGAGUAUGUCCCGCGGGUUGAUGCAUCUACACGAGGAGAUUCAGGGCAGCAAGACGGAAGGGUUGAAGCCGUCGAUCGCCCACCGGGACUUCAAGAGCAAGAACGUACUGCUGAAGGAUGACUUGACGGCGUGCAUCGCCGACUUUGGACUUGCACUGAUUUUUACACCGGGAAAACCUUGUGGGGACACCCACGGUCAAGUCGGAACCCGUCGUUACAUGGCUCCGGAGAUCUUGGAGGGCGCGAUCAACUUCACUCGGGAUGCCUUCCUUCGGAUUGAUGUUUACGCCUGUGGUUUGGUCCUGUGGGAACUGGUUUCACGCUGUACGGUGCACGGUGGUAUUGUGGACGAGUAUCGGCUGCCAUUCGAGGCCGAACUGGGGUCACAUCCGACGCUGGAGGAAAUGCAGGAAAAUGUCGUCACGAAGAAGCUUCGGCCGAGGAUUUACGAUCACUGGAGGAAUCAUAAUGGUCUCAACGCCCUGUGCGAUACGAUGGAGGAAUGCUGGGACCACGACGCCGAAGCCCGACUCUCGUCUUCCUGCGUGAUGGAGCGCGUUUCGCAGCACAGCCGGUAUCAGGUGAUGACACCGCUGCUGAUCGAGACCAACACCACUAACGACCUGCCACCGAAGGUUGCUUCGGAAAGUGUGUAAGAGAGAGCGAGAGAGAGGCAUGGACACUUACUGCAAUCAUUUGAUAGAGAUUCAUCGCUAAAACCGGAACUUCCGGAAUCUUCUUAUCCCGCGUGGGGGGUCAUCCCCCAUCGCGUCAUAGCUUUUACCGGCGUAAGCCACGCAUGAUUUCUUUUACGUUGGAAAACCAUGCUUUUUAUAAGAGGAUCGUCCAUUGUCGGAAAAUAACUAGUUUUUAAAGCAGAUAUCAAUCAACAAACUAAGGUAGUAUCGAACGUGGAAGACCACCUAAGGCCUUCGAAUUGGACUUACGAACGAACUUGACGUUCAGGGAUUUAUAAACUAUUAUCAAAAUUCAUGCUUUUAUUAAGUGGGAAAGCAAUAUACAACAAGCAGCUGGACGUAGUCGACAUGGAAAGAGGCCUUUCCCGAUUUCGCAAAGUGGAUCGGGCAAACAGAUGUUGAAAGUUGGACUGCAAAAUAAAGUUUGGACUGAGUCACUGCUAAGCUAUAGUAGUGUAGAUGGCGACACCUAUCCCGGGGAUAGUUCGUCGAAACAAAAUUAAGAACCAAAAUGUUUGGACCGGAUUUUUUAAUCACCUCAAAAAGUAAAAUUUUAACGAAAAUCAAGUUUAACGUCUCAGUGAAUUAUUAGAUUUUAUGGAUUAUUUCAUAUUACUUUAAUCAGACGCAACCGUUUAUGCAUUCAGUUUUGAUGAAACGACUAGGUACGAUAAGCAUACAUACGUCCGUGUAAGUAGGUCUGCAAGACUUGCAGAUCGUCGCAACGUGGAGAUGUUCGCUAGGAUAUACUUUUUAAAACAAUUUUCCUCCAAUAGUGUGUACUUGUAUGCCAUCAUUAGUUCAAUAAAGGUCAAUCUAUUUAGUAUUAGUCAUCGAAA